ACGGUUUACCCCCAAAACAAGAAGCUGGCUUACAGUCUGAUCAAACGGUUUGGGUACUACAUAUUGGAAAGGACGACAGCGCCAGCCAUAGUAAGCAUGAAACAAACCCAUCACCCCUUCCUAUCCUCGAUUUCUGGCAAUACAGAUGCCGUGUAGGCAACCGAGCAGCGCAACCAAACGCAAGUCUCACCUGAUCACCCCGUCAUCUUACCUCCACUGCCACCUACCGAAGGACUGCUAAUCAUUCCUCUCGUUGCUUCGCUCGCAGAUUUCGUUUCCCUCCCACCAAAAUUUUGCAUCUCAACCUUUUCUGGUGGGUUGAUAUUCACGAUUCUUUGCGGCUGGCUUCACUCUUUUGGCAUUUCUUCUCAAAUACCUCAUUCCCGCAUCCUGCUCAGAAGGAACACCCUGGGUUCCUUUUCUUUUCCUUCACCUUUUGUCCUGGUUCAGAUAAAUAUGAAGUCUUUUAUGAUUCCUGGCAUUAAUAAUGGAUCUCGGGGGUUAGGAAUCUGAUAUCUUGGAUGUUUCAUCAUUGCCAUGUUUUGACCUACAAAUUCAAAUUGCAACAGCAUUUGUGCACCUUCCAUUUUAGUUUUUGCUCCGAGAAUUCUCAUUUCUUCUUAUAACCAGUGGAUGGAGAUACCAAAUGCAAUGUCAGUUUUUCUUAAUAAUUUUUCUGCUAUUCCAGCUGGGUUGUAGACUUGUAGCCAAGUGAUCUUCACUCAAUGGGGACUUAACAUACAGUUGUGCACGAGCUACGUCGAUGGAUAUCAUAUUUUAGCUGAGUUUCAAUUUCACGGUCCCUUUCCGUUCAUAAUGGCAGCUGCUAGAAGAACAGCCAUGGCAUUUAAGACUUACCAAAAUCAGGCAGAGACAUUGGUUAAGAACUAUGUGCUAUCUGACCCUUUUAUUCCAUACACUUCAAUCUUUAGUGGCAUAUUUGCAGGCAAAAUGGUCUAUGAUCUAUCUCAGUUGAUAAGUGCAUUUUACUUCAGGAGUUAUAGUAGCCUUACAAAGAUUCAAAGGACUGAAUGGAACAACCGUGCUAUGUCAACCGUCCAUGCCAUCUUCAUUUCUGUUAUGUCUUUGUACUAUGUCUUCUUGUCCGAUCUUUUCUCAGAGCACCAUCCAGUCGGUCUUUUGACAUUCCAAAGUUCAUCAAUGUCAACCUUUACAUUAGGGGUCUCUGUUGGGUACUUUAUUUCAGAUCUUGGAAUGAUUUGCUGGCUUUAUCCUGCUUUAGGUGGAGUUGAGUAUGUUGUUCAUCACGCUCUUUCAGGAAUUGCUGUUGCGUAUUCCAUGUUUACUGGAGAAGGGCAACUAUAUACAUUCAUGGUGCUCAUAUCUGAGAUAACAACUCCAGAGAUCAACUUGAGAUGGUAUCUUGACACAGCUGGAUUAAAGAGAUCAAGUGCUUAUUUGAUUAAUGGCGUUGUGAUAUUUGUUGUCUGGUUGGUCGCCAGGAUUUUGUUGUUCGUUUACAUGUUUUAUCAUGUUUACAACCACUAUGAUCAGGUCAUCCAGAUGCAUCCCUUUGGAUAUCUUCUGGUAUUUGUAGUGCCAGCAAUCCUGGGCAUAAUGAACCUGGUGUGGUUUGGGAAAAUUGUUAAAGGAUUGAUGAAGACCCUGUCAAAGACACGUUAAAUGAACCGCUUAGACCUAUGAUUUCUUUCAUUCCUCGUCUCGUUCUCGUGUUUAUACACACUUCCCUAGCACGAUUUUAUAUAGUGUACAAAAUACAAAGUAGUUGGCAAAUUAUGAGAGUAGGUGGGAUUCUAGAUAACUAGACUGGAAGUAUAUGCAAGACACAUGUAUGUUGUCUGUAACUACUGGGGAUCAAUAGAAAUGGUGAAUGGCUCCUCUUUCUAGGUGCACUUGUUUUGUGCAAAUGAAAGCAUGAGCAGCAGAGUUGAGAACUACACUAUUAGUGCAGUUUUUUGCAGUAUAUUUUGAAUUAUCAUGUCCUGAAAUUGAUUGUAUUAAUUUCGCUCAUUGUGAGCCAUUCUUGACUGAAUUUAGAGAGUAGUAGAAAGGGAAUCUGACAUCUCGAC